AUGCGUGCUGUAGUUAUCGCUCAAAGAAAAACGAUAAUGCGCGGAAACUCGGUCAUCGACGACUUGAGAAUCUUAGUGAACAAUCCUCGAUAUAGUGACCUAGAAAUCAAAUGCAAGGAUGAUGUUAUCAUAUAUGGCAACCGUGCGAUUCUAGCAGCCCGCUCUGAGGUGUUUGAUGAAAUUCUUUUCGCUAAAACGGAAAUUCAUGACAAGCAAAUUUUAUUUCGGACAAUUGAAGCGUCGCAUAUGAAGAUUAUUCUUGAUUAUUUAUAUACUGGGUCAAUUUCUGAAAAGGACCUAUCGGUUGAUAAUGCGUUCGAAAUCUUACAUGCAGUGAAUUUCUUCCGAUUAAAGAACCUUCAAGAUUUUAUUUCAGAAUAUUAUAAGAAAAUGUGCAGGAAAUGGGGAAAUGACAAUAAAUCGCCCGAGUUAUUAUCCAAGGCCGCUCAUUUAUUGUCAUCUCUUCCUAACAAUGAGAUUGUUGACUAUUUAAUAGAUUCAGUGGCUAAAAUUCCCUUAGAUUCUAUUGGAUUUAAUAGGUUGACACUUCAGGGUUUGCAAUGUUUGCUAUCAAAGAGAGACGAAAAGAAGUUUUUCGCAUCUAGUGAAUAUUCGGUGUUACGAUAUGCAGUUUUAACAGCAGCAAAAAGGAUAUCUCAAGAAGCGUUUCUUACCCUAAAGAAAAGACUACCCCCAUGGGAGGAUGUAAAACGGACAGUCCAGACAAUCAAUCAUAAUAGCCCGAUAAAGGAAGAAAUUAGCCUACCAGUUUUCAAUUACAUAAAUUCUCUU